AUGUGUAACCAAGAUAUCCUCUACCACGAACAAAACAUUUCAGCUGUUACCUCAACUCACAAGGAUAUCACCACCGCUGUAGACCAGACAUUGACUUGCAGUAUCGGAGGUCUAGACGCUAGUGGAACCCCUGCUACUGUAACUUGGAAGGAUAAUACUGGUACUGAAGUUGAUGAAUCGGAUACCAGCAACUAUGGUUUGGAGCAAGGAUCGGUAAAUGGCAGCGGAAAUCAGGUAGCAGUACUGACUAUCAAAGCUGCGAAGCUGGCUGCUUUUGCUAGUCUAUCAUCGGUCACCUACAAGUGCUCAGUCAAGUCUUCUCAAUACACAAAUUCUCCUGCAUCGGCCGACCUAAAUGUCGAAGCUGACAUUCUGAAACUGGUGCUAACUGCUGUGAACAAGGAACAACUUACUGGUACUGAAGCAACGAUAUCGUGUACUGUUACGGGUUUGACACAGGCAUUCAGUGCCGUAAAAUGGACGACGUCUGCGAAUGAUGAUGCGCUGACACAAGACCAAGGAUACACCGUCGAGGCGGGAUCGUUGGUAGGAAAAUCUCAAACUACCACUUUGACGAUUCCUGUUUCUGAAAACAACGGAGAUGUCACUUACUCGUGUGUUUUCACUUCCGCUGAACAUGCUUCAGUAGACCAAAAAACGGCAGUCAGCUCAAAAGUCUUCACUGUUACCUCAACUCGCAAGAAUAUCAACACCGCUGUAGACCAGACAUUGACUUGCAAUAUCGGAGGUCUAGACGCUAGUGGAACCCCUGCUACUGUAACUUGGAAGGAUAAUGCUGGUGCUGAAGUUGAAACAUCGGAUACCAGCAACUAUGGUUUGGAGCAAGGAUCGGUAGAUGGCAGCGGAAAUCAGGUAGCAGUACUGACUAUCAAAACCGCGAAACUAGCUGCUUUUGCUAGUCCAUCAUCAGUCACUUACAAGUGCUCAGUCAAAUCUUCUCAAUACACAAAUUCUCCUGCAUCUGAAGAAGUAGAUGUUAUAGCUGAUAUUCUCAAACUAGAAUUUGAAUCAGUAAACAAAGAAGUGAAGAAAGGCUCAGAUACAACAAUAUCCUGUGUUAUCACUGGAUUGACAGAAACAGCAACAGUGACCUGGCGAACUAGUACAGGACCAGUAACAGCUGAAAAGUUCACCUCUGUCCAAGGAAGCCAUUCUGGAGGGAAACAAACAUCAACUCUUGCUGUAGACGGGACUCUUGUCAAUGAGGAUACAGCCUACACUUGCAGAGUGACUUCUGAUUGA